CCAAGAAAAGCGAGGGAAAAAGUGAGUUCCGUGGCCGACGGGGAACGUUCAUUUCGGAAUUUCAUCGGUACAAAGUAUGUACGUUGUGAAACGGGACGGCCGCCAAGAAGAGGUCAAGUUCGACAAGAUCACCGGCCGCAUCAGCAAGCUGUGCUAUGGUCUUGACGCCAAGUACGUGAACCCGAUCCUCAUCGCACAGAAGGUCGUCGCCGGCGUGUACGCGGGAGUGACGACGUCCGAGUUGGACGAGUUGGCGGCAGAAACCGCCGCGUACCAAUCGACCCAGCACCCCGACUUUUCCAAGCUUGCGGCUCGUAUCUCCAUCUCCAACUUGCACAAGAACACGAACAAGCUGUUCUCGGACAACAUUGAGUUGUUCUACGGCAACAAACAUGCCAAGACGGGUGCCGCCGCGCCGUUGAUUGCUGACGACGUGUAUAAGAUCAUCAUGGACAACAAGGAAGUGUUGAACAGUGCGAUCAUCACUGACCGCGACUUCGAAUACGACUACUUUGGCUUCAAAACGUUGGAAAAGUCGUACUUGCUUCGCGUGGGCGACAAGGUGUGCGAGCGCCCCCAACACUUGAUCAUGCGCGUGGCUGUGGGCAUCCAUAAAGAAGACAUUGAGUCGGUGCUGACCACGUACGAGUACAUGUCGCAAUUGUACUUCACCCACGCGACCCCGACCUUGUUCAACGCCGGCACGCCUCGUCCUCAACUGUCGUCGUGCUUCCUCUUGUCCAUGAAGGACGAUUCCAUCGAAGGUAUCUACGACACAUUGAAGAACUGUGCGUGCAUUUCCAAGUGGGCUGGCGGCAUUGGCGUGAACAUCCACAACAUCCGCGCCACCAACAGCUACAUUCGCGGGACCAACGGGUCCUCCAACGGGAUCAUUCCCAUGCUUCGGGUGUUCAACGACACUGCUCGCUACGUGGACCAAGGCGGGGGAAAGCGCAAGGGGUCGUUCGCCAUGUACUUGGAGCCUUGGCAUGCCGACAUCUUUGAAUUCUUGGAUCUCAAGAAGAACCACGGCAAUGAACUGCAUCGUGCCCGCGACUUGUUCUACGCCAUGUGGAUUCCGGAUCUGUUCAUGAAGCGCGUCGAGUCGAACGGCGACUGGAGCUUGUUCUGUCCCAAUGAAGCGCCGGGGCUGCACGAAUGCUGGGGCGCCGAGUUCGAGGCGCUGUUCCACAAGUACGAGUCGGAAGGCCGUGCGCGCAAGACGAUCAAGGCGCAGCAGUUGUGGUUCGCCAUCUUGGAGUCGCAAGUCGAAACCGGCACGCCGUACAUGCUGUACAAGGAUGCGUGCAACGGCAAGUCCAACCAGCAGAACCUGGGCACGAUCAAGUCGUCCAACUUGUGCUGCGAGAUCAUCGAGUACACGAGCAAGGACGAAGUGGCCGUGUGCAACUUGGCGUCCAUCGCGCUGUCCAAGUUUGUCGAGAACGCUGUGUUUGACUUUGCACACCUGCACAAGAUCGCCAAGGUGGUCACGACCAACCUCAACAAGGUGAUCGACGUCAACUAUUACCCCAUCCAAGAAGCGCGCAACAGCAACAUGCGCCACCGCCCGAUCGGGAUUGGCGUCCAAGGCCUUGCCGACGCGUUCAUCCUCAUGGGGUACUCGUUCGAGUCGGUGGAAGCCAAGGUGCUGAACCAGCAGAUCUUUGAAACCAUCUACCACGCCGCCAUGGAAACGUCCAUGGAACUCGCCAAGAGCCAAGGGCCGUACGAGACCUACGAGGGCUCCCCCGUGAGUCAGGGCAAGUUCCAGUACGACUUGUGGGGCGUCACGCCGUCGGAUCUGUGGGACUGGGCGUCGCUCAAGGCGCAAGUGGCCCAGCACGGCAUCCGCAACUCGCUGCUCUUGGCCCCCAUGCCCACGGCGUCCACCGCGCAGAUCCUCGGCAACAACGAAUCAAUCGAGCCGUUUACGUCCAACAUGUACAGCCGCCGCGUCCUCGCGGGCGAAUUCACCAUCGUUAACAAGUACUUGAUGAAGGAGCUGAUCUCGCUGGGUCUGUGGAACAGCGACGUCCGCAACCAGAUCUUGCAUGACCGCGGCAGCGUUCAAAACGUCGCGUCCAUCCCCGCGAACGUCAAGGAAGUGUACAAGACUGUGUGGGAGAUCAAGCAAAAGGUCGUGCUCGACUUGGCCGCCGACCGCGGUGCGUUCAUCUGCCAAAGCCAAAGCAUGAACGUGCACAUCGCCGACCCAAGCAUCAGUAAGCUCACGUCCAUGCACUUUUAUGCGUGGAAGCGCGGCUUGAAGACCGGUAUGUACUACCUCCGCUCGCGCCCCAAAGCUGACGCGAUUCAGUUCACGGUGGACCAAGCGGCCAUCAAGAAGCAGCAGGCGGCGAAUGCGGGCAAGGCCCCCAAGCCCGUGGAACCCGAGGAAGAAGAGUGCCUGUCGUGUGGCGCCUAAGCCGAGGCUUGUUAUGUAUGCCCAACGUAAUUAUAUAUGCAAUUUUUACUACUCUGA